AGAAAUUGCCAGCCAGCAAUCAUCAGCAACCAGACAACGGCCAUCAAGGAAACUUCACACACGACAGUGUAAAAGUGUUUUGCGCCUCUGCCCCCUUCAAAGUAUAGGGAAAGCAUAAGUCUAAUAGGCCCAAACCAAAUGCUCUAGCCAAAGACCGCGCUCCCGACGAACCCCGGCGAACACUAAAGCAACCACGGUGUGGUCAUUUCUUUACCGGUGCGCCGCUGCAGCUCCUGGUGCCGGCAUGGGCGCCAACGUCUCGCAGCUGGAGCGGGAGAUCGGCUCCGACCUGUUUCCGCCCAACGAGCACUACUUCGGGCUGGUUAACUUUGGGAACACCUGCUACAGCAACUCGGUGCUGCAGGCCCUAUACUUUUGCAAGCCCUUCCGCGAAAAGGUGCUCGAGUACAAGGCCAAGAAUAAGCGGCCCAAGGAGACGUUGCUCUCGUGCCUGGCGGAUCUCUUCUACAGCAUCGCCACCCAGAAGAAGAAGGUCGGCUCCAUAGCGCCCAAGAAGUUCAUCACGCGGUUGCGCAAGGAGAAGGAGGAGUUUGACAAUUACAUGCAGCAGGAUGCGCACGAGUUUCUCAACUUUCUGAUCAAUCACAUCAAUGAGAUUAUUCUGGCAGAGCGGAAUGCGGGUCCCGGCAAUGGAAACACCAAGGCCAGUGGUAGUCAUGGGGGAGCCACUCAACCCAGUGCCAUGGCCAGCAGCAUAGCCAGCAAGUCCAGCUCCAACUCAAACUCCAAUUCCAAUUCAACAUCGAACUCCAACGGGAAUAGCAGCAACUCCACGGGUUCGUUGAAUGCCACCACAAGUGUGUUGGAUGCCAGUGGAAGCCUUACGGCCACCACAACGCCCGUGACCACUGGAAGCGGCGGCAAUGGGACCAAUGGGGCCAACUCGGAGCCCACCUGGGUGCAUGAGAUCUUUCAGGGCAUACUCACCUCAGAGACGAGGUGCCUCAACUGUGAGACAGUGAGCAGCAAGGAUGAGAACUUCUUUGACCUGCAGGUGGAUGUGGAUCAGAAUACUUCGAUCACGCACUGUUUGCGUUGCUUCAGCAACACGGAGACCCUGUGCUCGGACAACAAGUUCAAGUGCGACAACUGUUGCAGCUACCAGGAGGCACAGAAGAGGAUGCGGGUGAAGAAGCUACCCAUGAUCCUGGCCCUGCAUCUGAAGCGCUUCAAGUAUAUGGAACAGUUUAAUAGGCACAUUAAGGUUUCUCACAGGGUAGUCUUUCCGCUGGAAUUGAGGCUCUUCAACACCUCGGAUGAUGCUGUGAAUCCGGACAGGCUUUACGACCUCACCGCUGUGGUCAUUCACUGUGGAUCGGGACCGAAUCGGGGUCAUUACAUUAGCAUUGUGAAGAGCCACGGUCUGUGGCUGCUCUUCGACGAUGACAUGGUGGAUAAGAUCGAAGCUUCUACCAUUGAAGAUUUCUACGGUCUCACCUCGGACAUCCACAAGUCCUCGGAGACGGGCUAUAUACUGUUCUAUCAGUCGCGGGACUGUGCCUAGGCCAACUUCUUGUGUUGACUCCCCUUCGUAGUUGCUAAGUUGAAAGUGGUCAGAUUGUUAGAGCUAAGCCAAUAUUUUAUGUCGUUUACUAUCUACUCAAAGCCCAUAAUACGCUGAUAAUCAAUAAAGAUGAUAAAUAAUUCA